GUUUCCGACCGUUGUGCUGCUAAAGUGUGUGUGUGUACCAUGCUCGCGACAAUUGCUCGGCAUAGUUUGUAGCAGUCCGACGAACAGCCAUAUUCCCUACUUCUGGGAGCAAGCCGACCAAAUCCGUCAUCAUGCAGGCCAUGACACCCAUCACCCCGCUGGAGCCGGGCGUGGAAAUGUUCGAGAGGGGAAAAGCCCAGUCGUUCUUUUCAAAUGCUCUGACGGCCCGGUCGUCGCUGGAGCGUCCGCUCUCACACAUUAGCGUUGCUUAUACCGACAUUGAGGAUGACUCCAGUGAAUUCGAAGAGUUUGAGGAGGAAUUCAGUGGCUCUUCUAGUGAGAACAGGCGGAGUCAAACAACAAUAUCGACUUUCGAGGAGGUACGAACACCUUCAGAGGAAGUACGGCCACAGUUUGCCUACUGGCCUGAGCAGAAGUCGGUAGAAGGCCCCAAGGGACCGCAUCUAUUCCGCGCAUCUCAAUCAUCCAAUGACUUCGCAUAUGAUACAGUCAUGCAGAUGUCGCCAUUGUUGCCCAAAGAGACUUCAUUCCGUCAACCGACCGCAUUCCGUGAAACCACACCAGCAACGAUAGUCCCCCAAAGAGAAUACAACAACAUUGCUUUCGCAGUUUCCCACCUCGACAAUGCCGAAGUGCGUGCCUGGACUUCUCAAGACGUUGCUACCUGGAUGUACCAGAAUGGUUUUGAGGACGAGGUCAUCAACAAGUUCAUGGAACAUGACAUCACAGGCGGAGUCCUGCUUGAUCUACAGUUUGAACAUCUUAAGGAGUUGGAGAUCCAGUCAUUUGGCAAAAGGCACCAGUUGUGGAACCAGAUCGAUGCUCUACGCACCGCUGAUGGUCUCAUGUCACCGACUGCUCCCGCAGCCAUCCCAACCCCGUUCGAGGACGUCGAACGCCCAUGUCGAGAGGCAAGGAACAACCGGUCCAAGAGCAAGGGCAGGAAAGCUAGCCGACGCGAUAAGUCUCGGGGACGUAACUUGGGAGACGAUCUCAUCACUCCUGCACAUUCCGUCUCAAUCGUGGCGAUUGAACAACUGCUACCCAAGCCACACGUGUGCGCAAAGGGUGAGCGAUGCCGCAAAUGGAUCAAGCAAAAGAAGCAGCUCGCAAAGCUCCAGCAAGAACAUGGCUUCCCCAUCUCUCCCGAGAAGGGCGGUCACAUCUUCAUUGCUGGCGACCCCGGCAAUGCCCAAACAGCGCCUCAUGCCGUUGAGAACGUCCAUCGUCCAAAUUCAGAAGCUACCCCUUCUGUCGUCGUGCCAUCUGUAGUAGCAUCAUCAGAUGUGCUGGGGCCUGGCCAAAUGCCCGAAUUUAGCCUUGAUGAUCUCCAGAGGUUCGAACAACGCGACCCGCAAGACAAUGUACGACAAUUCCUCACCUUGCAGGGACAGCAGCAGCCUUUCACCAGUGCUACUCCCAUCGAGGCUCCACCAACCCCACCCACAGAAUCAUACCCACCCCGGCCUUUCUUGGUAAUACCGCAGCACCAGCCAUACCCGCAGGUUUCGGCUUUUUCCGCAUCCACGUCGGCGCACACUACCAAGUCAUUUGAUCCAUUCACCCAAACACCCCAGACCCCAGCUCUGCACCCUCCGGAGUUCAUGCCGGCGCCUCACUCGAAUCUUAAGAGCCUUCCCAAACUGACGAUACCUCCGGCACGGUCCAUGUCCGCCCAGCCCGCUGGUAACCCACGCAGUGGCAUCCCAGCAAACCACUAUCUCGCGCCCGACACCGCCUUUUCGCCAUGUAGGACAGCGUCACCAGGUGGCGUCUACCGAUUCGGUACGCCAUUUUCCGAGAUGGACGUCCCCGUGACUGCUGUGCAACCAGAGCCACUUAGCCGCGACACAAGUCAGUCCGUGCCUCCAAACAUGCAGUACCAACCUCAAAUCCAAAGGGCUGGAUCCCGCCAUGACCGGAGGCGCCCGUCGUUGCCCAUGCCAGCGCUAGCUGAAGACCGCGUUUUCAGUCCAACGGCCCACUCCGAUGACGAUACUCUGCGCGGGACUAUUUUCGACGACUCUGUCAGUACUAGUAACAGCGUUAGCUCCUCGCCACUAAAGGCUCCCAAGGCCCUUGACAGCGAAGCCGGAGACACUAUCGCGCCUUUGCCCAAGGGAGGCUUCCAGUACAAGGGUGUGAACCACCAUGGCUGGAUGAAGAAGCGACGCACCAAGCUCUUGCGUCACGAAUGGCAAGACCACCACUUCCGCCUCCAGGGCACCAUGUUGGCCAUGCACCCCAAUGAGCUGCCGUCAUCGUCUGCACUGCAGACCAUUGAUGUAGAUGACUAUGCUGUAGCAUGCUCAUCGCUUGCUUCCAACAAGCUCUCGGCCAAGUUCAGGGCCUUGAAGCUUUCUUCCGGCCAUCACAAGGAAAAGACUGCCGCUUCCGCACCUGCAUUUGAGUUCCAGCUUGUACCUACCGCGCCUGACAAGGGAGACUUCAAAAAGGUCAUGCCCAACGGCAAAGUACAGCACUUCGCUGUCACUACCAAAGACCAAAGGAUCGAAUGGAUGCGUGAGCUUAUGCUGGCCAAGGCCUUAAAGGCCAAGAAGGACGGCUAUGAGGUCAACGUGAACGGUGCUAACAUGUGAUGAGUCCAUCUCAGGCUCAUCAAUCUCUCCUCUCCUGUCCCCCAAUUUGUUCCUGUGUUUUGUUUUUGUAUCUAGCCAGCGAGCGUGCGUUCUGUCUUUCUUUGUCUUUCCUUUUUAUAUUUGCUGAUCAUGACCACUAUACCCUUUCUGUAUUCUGCUUCCUUAGUCAACAUCUUGCUGUCUAUCUUUUAUCUCGUUUUGUUUGGAGCAUUGCAUAAUUAUCUUUUACUACAUAUCUCUAAAGACUUGGAACGCUGCGCGGGGCCGCAAGGUCAUGGGACACACUGGUUUCGAUUUGGAGCAUGGUAAUGUACUGAGUAGGCCGCUUAGCGCGGAUUUCUUGCGCUCACUCGUUGAAUGUAUUGGUGUGGAAUGUCUGUUUUGACCAAAAGCUCUCGUUACGUUAGUG